CCCGCCCCGGAAGGCGCCACUGCGGUGGCGGUGAUGGCGGCGCUGGGUGGGGGCUGUCGCGGGGCGCUGGGGCUCUUGCUGCGGCGGGGGCGGCCGGGGCCGGGACAGGGACCGCGCCGCCACCGUCACAAGGAGAAGUGGGCCACCACAGCCCCCCGCAUCCCAGCCACGCGGCUGGCCCUGCACCACUUCGACAUGAACUACAGCCUGCACCUGAAGGAGCUGUGGCCCUCCGUCCGCGUUGGCCUGCUCUGCGAACAGAAGUACGGCGCCCUUCUCAACAACUUCUCUUGUGUUGACCAUGUCACCGAAGAGCUGGAGCUGCUCAAUGCCACUGACUUUGUUUCCGAAGCUUCCCAAAAGGCACAGCAGCUGCAGUGUGGCGCAGAUGCAAAGGAAGCGGGGAGAGGGGAAAGUGUGUCCCAGGAGGAGUCUGGGGAGGGCAGGACAGUGAUGCACGCAGAGUCAAUGAUGCAUGCAGAGACAUCGCCACAGCUGCGUGCCUCCAUCAGCUCCAACAUCAAGUGUUACACCUUCCCCAGAGGAGACAUCACACGAUUUCGCCCUGCACGGCCGGACACUCUGGGGCUCCUGGACUAUUAUCUCAUGGAUGCAGCAUCUCUCCUGCCUGUCCUUGCGCUCAAUGUGCAGCCAGAUGACUUUGUCCUCGACCUCUGUGCGGCUCCAGGUGGCAAGACCCUGGCUCUGCUGCAGACGGGAGUUUGUGGGCAUCUGGCAGCCAACGACAUCUCCCUGUCUCGGACAAAGAGGCUGUACCAGAUUCUCCAUAGCUACGUGCCCAAAGAAAUGAGGGAAACUGUGAGUGUCACAUCCUGCGACGGAAGGGACUGGGAGCAGGUGGAAGGUGGCACUUUCCAUAAGGUCCUGGUGGAUGUGCCCUGCACAACGGACAGGCACUCAGUCAUGGAGCAGGACAACAACAUCUUCCACAAGAGACGAACCAAGGAGCGUCAGAUGUUGCCCAUGCUGCAGCUGCAGCUGCUGAUGGCUGGGAUCCUCGCUACCAAGCCGAGAGGAGAGGUGGUGUAUUCUACGUGCUCCCUCUCUCCCCUGCAGAAUGAGUAUGUGAUUGAGAGAGCCAUAGAAAUUGCAGAAACCGAGUUUAACAUCAGUAUCCAUGUUGAGGACCUGAGCCACUUCAGGAUGCUCUUCCAGGACACUUUUUCCUUUUUCUCAGAUUGCCGGCUGGGGGAGCUUGUGCUGCCUCACCUCACAGCCAACUUUGGACCUAUGUAUUUCUGCAAAUUACGUCGGAUGUAGAAGAGAGUGACAGACUGUGUCUGCUGGCCCCUCUUCUUGGAGGUAGCAUUGUCCUGCAGGAAGUGAUCAAGGAUAGCAACAGUCUUGUACAAGGAGUCCUGCUGGAGUCCUAAUUUUAGCUGUACUUGUACAGGCGAUUAGCUCGGCAAGCUUGUUACCAUUGAUUUCCUGGGCAGCCAGGUAUUUGGAUCUGGCAGGAAAUACUCCACAUCUCCAGGGAAAGAAAAACUGCUUUAUAUUUAUUUUUCUUUUUAAAAUGUCUCAAAGGAAGUCUGCUUCUACUGCAGGUAAAGAGAAUAAAUGAGAAAGACCUGCUGUGGAGUCUCCUGCAUAUUUAUCUGUUUGAGUUUGGGGUGUUAAUGUAGGAAAGAGAGAGGAGUUCUAUCAGAAAGAGUGAUUCAUUUGUCUACCUCGGGAUGGGGUAAAUCACCCUAUACAGAUAUUGCUCUCUCCCUCCUAUCUUCUUUGAUCCUACAUGAAGCAGGUUUGGGUUAAUAAACACCAUCUGGGAAUCUCAGCCUUUCUGUCUGCAGAAAUGAAUUGCAUCUGUCUCUGUGUAUCUCCUGCCUUCAGAAAGAGCCGCCUGAGGUCCUGGAAUAAGAGGUUCCUAAGAACAUUCCUGCUGUGAACUUGGAAAUGUGCUUGGGAUGCUUGAGGUGUGGUGGUGGAAAGAGUUUGGUGCUGUGGAAACCCAGUGACUGUUGCCAUCCCUCGUGGAUAGGAAAGCUGUGAUUGAGAGGGAAGAUAUGUACGCUCUCAGGCAUGUUUAGAUGCCAUUUAAUGUCCAGGGGAAGGUGUUUGUAUGAUUUUGAGUAAUAACUGUGCAUUGAUAUCAUAGCCAGCAGUGAAGGAUUACCGGAGUUUAUGGUAAAAGUUGCCUUAAUAGCUACAUUUUUAUUUUUGUGAGUAAGAUACCGUGAUGGGGAGGGUAGAGGUGGCUGUACUCCUUACAGGGUAGCCCGCAGGUACGUCCAUGUGAAGUUACUCCAGUGACAGCAAGAAAAUACUAUUGAGCUUCUGUAAUCCGUUUCUCUUAGCAUUGCAACACUUCUGCAAGAGGCAGUGUGGGUGAAAAUGAGGGGGAUCCCCCAUCCGCGUCCAUCCUUCCAGGAAGGUGCAGCUCAUAGGUUUAUCAUCAUUUGAGCUCUACUUAAGCCAGUCCUGCCCUCUGCAUCAUGUUUUUGUACCUUACAGGAUCUGUGUAUUGGCAAGGAAGGGGGUCAGGAAGCAGCUUUUCCUUCCUACUUCCCUUCUUGCUGUCAACUCUGCACUGCCUGUUGCGAAAGAGAAGUCACGUAGUGCUGUCGCUGUUGCUUCACUGCUGGCCCUGCAGGCGUGACCCCAUGGAGGCUAU